UAUUUGAGAAAACACAAGGUCACUGGCUCUAAAAUGAGUCUUCAUGACGAGAAAGAGGAGGAGGAUAUUCACUAUCAGAACAAGAGAUCAGCAUCUCCAGAGCCCAGAUGUGUGUCUAUGAUGAGUGAUGGAUCCAUGAUGGAACCUCUUAAAUUGAGUACUGGAUCAGUGACCUUUAACCCCAGAGAUGAUCAGACUGGAGACCUGCAGCAGGAUUCCCACCAACCAGAUGAUCAACUACAGAGAGUCAAAGACCAGCACAAAACCAACAUGAAAAACAAGUAUGAGAGAUUAUUUGAGGGAAUCAACCUACACAAGACUCAAACCCUCCUGAGCAGCAUCUACACACAGCUCUACAUCAUAGAGGGAGAGAGAGAAGGAGUGAAUGAAGAACAUGAGGUUUUACAGAUGGAGAACACAGCCAGAACACAACACUCACAAGACACUCAAAUCUACUGCAAUGACAUCUUUAAAGCCUCAGCUGAAGCAGGAUGUGAGGAGAAAGAGCAGAUCAAGACUGUUCUUACUAAAGGCAUCGCUGGAAUUGGAAAAACUGUCUCUGUGCAGAAGUUCAUUCUGGACUGGGCCGAAGGGAAAGCCAAGGAUGUAGAUUUCAUGUUUGUGCUUCCAUUUCGAGAGCUGAACUUGAUCCAAGAUCAUCAGUACAGUCUUCACAGACUUCUGCUGGACUUUCAUCCUGAACUUCAAGAUCUGGACUCACAGAUUUAUGAGGAGUGUAAAGUUGUGUUCAUCUUUGAUGGUCUGGAUGAAAGCAGAAUCACACUGAUGUUUUCAGACGCUCAGAAAGUUUGUGAUGUGACUGAGAUUUCAUCAGUGGCUGUGUUGAUGUCAAAGCUCAUCAGAGGAGAGCUGCUUCCCUCUGCUCUCAUCUGGAUUACCUCCAGACCAGCAGCAGCCAAUCAGAUCCCCUCCAAAUACAUCCACCGUCUGACAGAAAUUCAGGGAUUCACUGAGCCUCAGAAGGAGGAAUAUUUCAGGAAGAGAAUCAGUGAGCAGCAUCAAGCCAGCAGAAUCAUCUCACACAUCAGAAGAGCAAGAAGCCUCCACAUCAUGUGCCACAUCCCCAUCUUCUGCUGGAUCUCAUCCACUGUGCUUCAGAAGCUCCUGGAAGAAGAUCUGAGUGCAGAAAUCCCUCAAACUCUGACUGAAAUGUACAUCCACUUUCUGCUGAUUCAGAUCAAUAUGAGGAACCAGAAGUAUGAAGGGAGCGAUCCAGAUAAACUCCUGCAGUCCAACAGAGAAAUGAUUGAGAAACUUGCUGAAGUGGCUUUCAAACAGCUGAUGAAGGGCAAUGUGAUGUUCUAUGAGGAGGACCUGAUUGAGAGCGGCAUAGACAUCACUGUUGCUUCAGUGUAUUCUGGGAUUUGCACUGAGAUCUUUAAGGAGGAAUCUGUGAUUCAUCAGAGGAAAGUCUACAGCUUCAUUCAUCUGAGCAUCCAGGAAUUUCUUGCUGCUUUCCAUGUGUUUUACCUUUAUGUAAUGAAAAAUGUUAACACAUCAAAGUUUCUGGAUGUAGUUCAUAGUUUGCAUAGGGAAGCAGUAGAUAAAGCCCUUGAGAGUAAAAAUGGACAGCUGGAUCUGUUCCUGCGGUUCCUGCUGGGUGUCUCACUGGAGUCCAAUCAGAGACUCUUACAGGCUCUACUGACACACACAGAGAACAGCUCAGAGAGCAUCAGGAGAACUACACAGUACAUUAAAGAGAAGAUCAAAGAUGGACAUGGACUCUCUUCUGAAAGAUCCAUCAAUCUGUUCUUCUGUCUGCUAGAAGUGAAAGAUCAAACUCUGUCCAGAGAGAUUCAGGAGUUUGUGAAAUUAGACAAACACUCAGAGAAGUAUUUAUCUGCUGCUCACUGCUCAACAAUCGCCUACAUGCUUCAGAUGUCAGAGGAACCACUGGAUGAGCUUGAUCUCAUGAAAUACAACACAUCAGAUGAGGGAAGAGGAAGACUGAUACCAGCUGUGAUCAACUGCAGGAAAGCUCUUCUUGCUGGAAGUAAUCUCUCAGAUCAGCAUUGGGAAAUUGUGUCAUCAGCUCUACAGUCAUCAAACUGUGUCCUGAGAGAGCUGGAUCUGAGUAACAAUGACCUACAGGACUCUGGUGUGAAGAUUCUUUCUGAUGGACUCAAGAGUCCAAACUGUCUGCUGAAUAUACUGAGGUUGUCUGGCUGUAUGGUGACAGAGGAAGGCUGUGGUUAUUUGUCUUCAGCUCUUAGUUCAAACCCCUCACACUUGAGAGAGCUGGAUCUGAGCUUCAAUCACCCAGGAGAUUCAGGAGUGAAGCUGCUCUCUGAAAAACUGGAGGAUCCAAACUGCUCACUAAAGAUACUUAAUUUGGAUCAUAGAGGCCAUUUUAGAAUCACAACAGGACUGAGAAAAUGUAGGUCUCUCUCUCUCUUUCUCUCUCUCACACACACAAACACACACACACACAGUUCUAAAAUGGUCAAUGAUACAUUCUCAUCUUUCUUCCUGUGUUCAGAUGCCUGUGAUCUCACACUGGAUCCAAACACUGUAAACACUCAACUCAUUCUGUCUGAGGAUAACAGAAAGGUGACACAUGUGAAAGCACCACAGCCAUAUCCUGAUCAUCCAGACAGAUUUGAGAACUAUGAGCAUGUUCUGUGUGAAGAAAGUCUGACUGGACACCAUUACUGGGAGGCUGAAUGGAGUGGGAAGGGAACUGAUAUAGCAGUGACUUAUAUCGGAAUCAGGAGGAAACAUGGCAGUGAUUGGUUUGGAUACAAUGACAAAUCCUGGAGUCUGUAUUGUUCUGCUAAAGAAUUCACUGUCUGGCACGAUAACGUGAACAAAAACAUAUCUGCCCCUAUAGCCCACAGAAUAGGAGUGUAUGUGGACUGGUUGGCCGGCACGCUAUCCUUCUACAGUGUCUCUGACACACACACACUCACACACUUACACACAUUCAACCCCACAUUCACUGAACCUCUCUAUGCUGGAUUUGGGGUUUAUCCUGAAUCUUCAGUUUCUCUGGGUCAGAUUACACAACAUCCUGUGAAGGACAACUAAGACAUCACAAACAAGCUGUCACUUUUCCAAGCAGUCACACUUUUUUCUUUUUAAAUUAAACAACCAAUGCAGUGAUUUUCAGUCCAUGUUCUUGAGACCCACUGCUCUGCACAUUUUCUGUGUCUCCCUUUUUUAACACACCUGAUUCAGAUCAUUAGCUUGGAGAGCGCUCCAGUGUGUCAGAUAAGAGAAACAUAAAAAAUGUGCAGAGCGGUGGGUCUCCAUGACAAGGAUUGAAUACCACUGAACUAAAGCACUCAAUUUGCUUAUAUUAUACACGAACACGAGGCUUUUGUGAGCUGUUAGAAAUAAUAUCUGAGAAGUACUUAGACUUUUAAAUUUUAACAGUCUUUUGAUAUUUGUGCAAACCUUCCUUUAAAAUAUCGGAAGACACCUGUAUCCUAUCUUUUUUCCA